AACCACUAGCUCCCAACUGGACUGGAGUCUCCAGGGCAUGUAUCCUUUCACGUGCCUCUCACGUGUUAGUCUGCUUCUUACGUAAAAGCUGGAUCAAAGUCGAAGAACCAAAUACAGGCGCUGGCCAUGGCGUCCCUCAGCUGCCCUACUUCGUCUCUUUCAACCCUCAGAAAGUCUCCCUCUCGCUUCAAUCUCUUUAAAACCCUACACCAUCCCUCCUCUGCAUCCACCACCUUCUCCCCCUCAAAAUCAUGCCUAUCCCUCAAAACCCUAAACCCGUCCCUCCCAAUCUUCUCUCCCCUGAGGUCCUCCCACACCGUCGCCGCCUCCGACAACCUAUCCGCGUCCCCAACCACCGCCCCUACCACUACCAAUCCCCAAACCCUCAAAUCCCGCCUUCGCAAUGGCGAGACGCUCUACGGCCUCUUCCUCCUUAGCUUCUCCCCCACCCUGGCCGAGAUCGCUGGCCUCGCCGGCUACGACUUCGUCGUCGUCGACAUGGAGCACGGUCACGGCGGCAUCUCCGACGCCCUUCCCUGCCUCCAUGCCCUCGCCGCCGCCCGUACCCCCGCCAUUCUUCGGCUGCCGGAGAGUUGCCCCGCCUGGGCCAAGAAGGCCCUAGAUCUGGGCCCCCAGGGCAUCAUGUUCCCCAUGAUCGACGGCCCCAAAUCCGCCAAAAAGGCCGUCUCGUACUGCCGGUUUCCGCCUGCCGGAGUCCGCGGAUCGGCCCACUCCGUCGUUAGGGCGUCGGAUUACGGCAUCGACGCCGGGUACCUGAGCAAUUACGAGGACGAGUUGCUGAUCAUGUGCCAGGUGGAAUCGGAAGAGUGCGUGAGGAAGAUCGAGGACAUCGCCGCCGUAGAUGGGGUGGACUGUAUUCAAAUGGGGCCGACGGAUCUGAGCGCGAGCAUGGGGUACUUGUGGGACCCGGGGAACAAGAAAGUGAGGGAGAUGAUGAAGAUGGCUGAGAAGGCCGUGUUGGGGACGAAAGCGGGUCGAGCUGGUGGGGCCUACCUGGCUGGGUUUGCCAUGCCCCACGACAGCCCCGACGAUCUCCGGACGCGUGGAUACCACAUGGUUUCUGGUGCAGUUGAUCUGGGGCUGUUCCGGAGUGCUGCCGUCGAGGAUGUGAAGAGGUUCAAGAUGAGCUUGGUCGAGGGCUCGGAUGAUGAGAAGGAGGAUAAUAAAGAUGGUGAUGAGAAAUAUUGGAGCGAGUGAGCGAAAGUUUUUGAGAGAGUGGCUGGUUUGGUCUUGUUCUAGCUUUUUUCAACUGAUGUAAAUCUUUGAUGAAAAGGAAAUCUGCCUUUCUCCAUUCCCACAUCUCCAUUUAUGGUAGUCUUGCGGAUUGCAGAAUGUUGGCUAAAUUUGUCUCUUUUUACCCGUCUUGUGAAAGGUGAAACCUGGAACCAAAUCAACCUUCUGGAUUCCAGGUCAGUUCUGGUUCUACCCUAAACUUGUGAAAUCAAGUUGGCCUUGUGUUGGAGCUUGUCAAGAACUUGUAUUGGAAUUUGUAUUUUAUUUAUAAAUAAUAUUUUGAAGAGAA